UCUCUUCAUUCUUCUAUAUAACAGACCUUGCGUUGAGAUAAAGCACACCAAAAUAGAACAAGAGCUCAUCCGAAGAACAAAAAACAGCUUUCGAUCAUUUGCAGAUUUCUACGAAAAUGCCUUUCAGAAAGCCACAUCAGACAUCAGACCGUGAGUUUAUUGACGAAAUUAAGAAGGAAAACAGCAAUAUCAUAAUUGGGCACCGGAUAAAGCCAAAAGGACUCAACAUUAUCUGGGGGAAUGAUCUUCGCUACUGGAAAAAAACAUCCGAUGACUAUGCAGAACUGAUACAAGUUUCAUGGUUGGAGGUAUCCGGUAAAGUACCUGUAGAAAGAGGGCAAACUUAUACAGUGAAAUUUGAUGUGGAAGUUGACCAAAACGGUUUCGGUUGGGAUAACACACCAGUACUUGUCAUGGCUAAAAUUGGGAAAAAGGGAAAAUAUGAUUAUAAGGUAGUGGAAUUAGUUUGUGAUGGUGUAACAAAAACAAUUCCAAAAGAUGAGCAGCUUAAUAUUACUGUUAAUCAAGAUGAAAUAGACCCGGAACUUCAUUUUGGAUUGUAUGAAGUUUGGAGUGGAAAAUGGAAAGGUGGCUUGAGAAUCAAGAAAGCAGAAGUUAAAAAGAUCAAUCCUUAAAACUACUUAUUAAUACUUGAUCAUGUUUUAUCUAUGUCAUAUGAAUAUCUGUAAAGAUAACGAAUACAAAAAUAUAGGGGAUUAUUUCUACCCUAAUAUUUGUAAUAAAUUAAAGGAGUGUGUUUUAUGGUA